GAAGGGGCUUUCAAAGAGCCGGGCCUCGGCCUUGCGAACAGAGGAAGUCCCCGCCCUAGUUGCCAGGGUGCUCUGUGGCGUCGCAUUCUCAUUGGUCGGCGACCGGUGAGGCACGCAGCUAGAGGCCAUUUCCAACGAGCUGGCGGGGGCAAAAGAUGGCGACGCCCCUUGGGUGGUCGCAGGGGGGCUCUGGAUCUGUGUGUCUCGCCUUCGAUCAACUGCGGGACGUCAUUGAAUCUCAGGAGGAAUUGAUCCACCAGCUGAGGAAUGUGAUGGUUCUCCAAGAUGAAAAUUUUGUCAGUAAAGAAGAGUUCCAGGAAGUAGAGAAGAAGCUGGUGGAUGAAAAAGCUGCUCACGCCAAAACCAAAGCCCUCCUGGCCAAGGAAGAAGAGAAGUUGCAGUUUGCCCUUGGCGAGGUGGAGGUGCUGUCUAAGCAGCUGGAGAAGGAGAAAAUGGCCUUUGAGAAAGCGCUCUCCAGUGUCAAGAGCAGAGUCCUGCAGGAGUCUAGCAAGAAGGACCAGCUCAUCACCAAGUGCAAUGGGCCAGAUUUCACCUGAACUGCUAAAUGCACCAACACUUCUGCAUGACCAAGCUUGUGUUGUAGUUACCUCUUUCCCUCCCUCCCUCCUUCCCUCCCUUCUUCCCUCCCUUGUAUGUCUGUGCAUGCAAGGUCCAGAGGUCAGAGUUAGGGGCAGUCCUCAAGCACUCUCCACAUUGUUUUAUGUGUGUGAGUGUUAUACCUGCAUGUGUGUAUAUAUCUGCACCCCAUGCAUGAUUGCUGCCCACAGAUCCCACAAGAAGGCAUCUGAUAACCCUGGUACUGGAUUUGCAGACAGUUAUGAGCUGCCAUAUAGGUGAUAGGACUUGACCCAGAGUCCUCUGCAAAAGCAACAAGUGCUUUUAAACACUAAGCCAUGUCUUCAACUACCUGACAUUUUUUUUAAGCAGUGGUUUUGUAGUGUGUGUGUGUGUGUGUGUGUGUGUGUGUGUGUGUGUGUGUGUGUGUGUGAAGGUGAAAGGAAAAUUCAGCCUUCACUUUCUCCAUCUACUGUGUGGGUCCUGGAGAUUAAACUUAAACCUGGUCCUCUGGGUCAGCAGCAAGCAGUUUUACCUGCUGAGCCAUCUCACCAGUCCAUUACCUUAUUUCUUGUGACAAGAUCUCACAUGAACCUGGAACUUGCCAGUUUUGACUAGACUGACUAGCCAGCCAGCCCCAAGGACCCAGUGUCUUGAUUUCCCCAGCAUUAGGAUUACAAGGGCUUCAUAUGUGGGUGCUGGGUAUCUACAUUGCAGUCUUCGUGUUUGUUGAUCAAGCAUUUUACCAACCAACCACCUCCGUAGCCCCCAUCCCAUUUAAAUUGUAUGUGUGUGUGUGUGUGUGUGUGUGUGUGUGUGUGUGUGUGCGCGUGUGUGCAUGUGCAUAUAGAAGCUGGAAGACAACCUCUAAUGUUAUCCUGAGCAAUGAUACCCACUUCCUGUAAGGCAGGCUCUCACUGGCCUGAAGCUCACCAGUUUGGCUACACUGGCUGGCCAAGAGAGUCCCAGGCAUCCUCCUGCCUCAGCCUCUCCAGCACUAGGAUAAUAAGCGCAUAUCGCCACACCCCAGCGUCUCACAUGGGUUCUGGGGACCCCACUCCAGAACCUCAUGCUUUCAAGGCAAGUGAUUCACAGAACAAGCCCUUUUCCAUUCUCACCCCACCCCACCCCCAAUUUUUUUUAUAUUUAACUUUAAUCACUGCUUUUUUAGGUUUGUCUAUCUUAUAUGUAUGUAUGGGUGUAUUGUCUGCAGGUACACAGAAUUACAGGAAGUUGUAAUCUAUCAUGUUGGGAAUGGAGCCCAGGUCCUCUAGAAGAGCAGUGGUACUCUUAACCACUGUGUUCACUCCCCAGUCCCCUACCCCUUUUUCAAGAUGGGUUCUGAGGCAUUCCAGGCUGCCCUCAAACUCGAUAAGGAAUGACUUUGAAUAGCUUCUCCUGCCUUCACCUCCUGAGUGCUGGGAUUACACCAUGUGCCACCACACCUAACAUUUCCCUUCCUUUAUUUUUCUUUUUUUAUUGGUGCUAGGAAUGGAACCCAGGGCUUUGCCAGCUAAGCAUAGGCAUGCACUCGACCAGGGAACUGUCUUCCCAGUCCUGUGCAGCCGUCCUUUUAUCAGAAGGGCUUUUUCCCCCUCCCUGUGUGAUCAAAUUUUCCAGGGCUCCAUGAAGGACAGUUAUAUAAAUGCUCUUGGGUCCUUAUAGCCACAUUGGAUUUUGACUUAAUACACAAAAAUCGUUGUCCCUAAUGUGUGCUUGGUUAGGAGGGAGGCUUUUCCAUCACUGUCUCACUGGGUCUGCUCCAUGCUGCUGUGGAAUAGGGACUGUUGAGAUAUGAGAAACCUGGUCUGAAAAAGCAGCCAGCCCAGCUUGCUAACACUGCCUCAUCAACACGAGCCUUCCUCCAGUGCAGCCGUCCUCCUCUCGUCAUUUCCUCUUUGAUCUUUUGUUAUUUUCCUCUCUCCUUUCUUUGGUGCAGGAAAUCAAACUCAAGAGCCUCACACAUGCCUAGGCAAGUGUUGUAGCAAUGAACCACACCACCAGCCUUCAACUCCUCAGCAUAUAUUUAUUUAUUCAUUCAUUCAUUCAUUCAUUCAUUGUGUUGAAAUGGGAGUCUCAGGUAGCCUAGAACGUCCCUGAACUUCGUAAGAUGACCGUGGACUUCCCAUACUCUUACCUCUGCCUUCCAAGUGCUGGGAUUAGUAGCAUGUGCUGCCACCCUCAGUUUAGUUUGAGUUUUUUUUUUUUUAUAAUUAUUUAAUGUGAGUACACUGUAGCUGUUCAGACACACCAGAAGAGGGCAUCAGACCCCUUUACAGAUGGUUGUGAGCCACCAUGUGGUUGCUGGGAAUUGAGCUCAGGACCUCUGGAAGAGCACUCUUAACCACUCUUAACUCUUAAGAGCUGCUCUUAACCACUGAGCCAUUUCUCCAGCCCUAGUUUGAGUUUUGUUUUUAGGGUUUAUGUGACUGUUUUGCCUGUAUAGAUGUAUGUACACCGUGUGUGUGCCUAGAGCCUAGGGAGGUCAGAAGGGGUGCCAGAUCCCCAGGAACUAGACUUAACAUGUUUACGAACUACCAUAGGGUACUGGGAACCAAUUCAGGGUCUUCUGGAAGAGCAGUCAGUGCUCUUAGCUGCCGAGCCAUCUGUCCAGCCUCUAGUUCCUGAGUCCUGACUCCUCCUUUUGAGAAGUUAAACCCAUGUCUGGAGUAGUCAAGGACCUCAUCUCUCACCGGAGGCCCCUGUACAGCUCAAGGCUGGGCAUCAGUCUGCCCUUGAUAGGUCUGGUGUAACUGAGAUGGCCAAGGUUGGUAUUUCGAAGCCCAGAGCCCUUAGCAACAUCUUGUUCCCUCUACAGCACACAGAUCUAUGAUUCAGGCUCCGUUUUAGGUCUUCAGGUUACAGUGACGAGCAGAACAGUCCCUGUGGACCUAUGUCCUAGUCAUAGAAAGGCCAACAAUGGAUGGAUGAGACACUUUAGACAGUGCACAAGGGAAAAGGGGGCCCGGAUGGGAAAAGGAAGUACUUGGAGGGGCUGCAACUUCUCACCAAGGAUUUUUACCCAUCCUCACCUGGGUGAGGUUCAUAAUACAGUGGUGAAGUUACUGACAACAUUGUCCCUAACUCAUGAGAUCUCACAAAUUUGCAGAUAUGGCAGGGUCCUGUGAUGAAUACCCGUAAGCCUGACUACUCAGGAAGCUGAGGUAGCAGGACCAAAAGUUUAAGGCCUCCUAGGAUUACAGAGUGAGUUUAAGGCUAGCCUGGUCAACUUAAUAAGCCUCUGCUUUAAAACCAAGUAGAAAGUUGAGAUGGGUGUGGUGGUAUAGUUUGGAGGAGGCUGAGGCAGGUGAAUUUCUUGCAGUUGAGACUAGCCUGGUCUACAUGGAAAGUUCCAGAACAGCCAGAACUAUUAUAAUAGAGACCCUGCCUCACAAAAAAAUAAAAUUAAAAUUAAAAAAAAAAGAGGGCUGGGUAUGGGGUUGGGGUGGUGGCAGCAUGGUAGCACUCCUUUGAUCCUAGCAUUUGGGAGGCAGAGACAGGAGUUACCUCUGAGCUCAGUGGCAGAGCUCUUACCUGUCCCGUGUGAGGCCUUGGGUGCAGUCUCCAAUUCGGAAAAACAAAUUCAUACUAAGGUCCAGGCAGCUGUCCAAGAAGAACUCCUGGGCAGGGAGAGUAAAGUGUGAAGAACCACACAAAGGAAGACCUCGACUCAGAAGCCUGAGAGUGGGAACCACCCCACCUCCCUGCCUCUCUCCCCCACAGAAAUUGAAUCCCACAUUAUAAAGCAGGAAGACAUACUUAAUGGCAAA